GGAGCGUUCAUUAACCGGCGCUUUCACGUUCACGAAAGCCAGGGUCCCGUUCAAGCCGAUACUUAGUGUCAAUUGUCUUCUACCCAACUCGACCUUGUUAGCUAUUCCUACCAACAGUCCAGUACCUGAGUGAGUCGUUCAUCGCAAGAUCUUUACUAGCAUAGAGUUUGUCAGUGGUUCAAAUAUGUCUUACAUGGACGAAAUCGCCCCAGACGUGGUGUCUCCUCACGACUCCAACGCCACGGCAGACCAGCCGUUGAAACAUCUCGACACUGUGAUCGCAUUGUAUGAUUUUCCAGGCACCCAGCCUUCUCAUCUUCCAUUAAACUUGGGUGAUACUGUAUACGUACUAUCAAAGUCCGACACAGGAUGGUGGGAUGGUGUGGUAAUAUCCAACAAUGAGCUCCAGAGAGGCUGGUUCCCCCAUAACUAUGUGCGGUCCGUGAACUACGUCCAACCAGUAUUGAACAAAUUGAAAAGUAACAAGGAGAUCGAUUCCAUAACUGCGGCGAAUACCGCAGCCAACGUGUUAAUUCCUUCUUUCACAAGCCUUCUCCAGAAGAACUUCAUUGAUUCUGAGAAAAACUCGCCCGCUACGGCAUCCAGAAAGAACUCUGUAGUGAGUUUUGCUAGCUCGGAGACUAGUAUACCUUCAGAUUCUAAGAUAAAUACGUCUUUGACGCCCUCACACCAAUCAUCCACACCUUCCCAGCAGUCUCACCAAACACCCUUAACCCAACGAAGCUUGUCACAUCUACUUGGGCCUGGCGACAUCACCGACAGCGUUGAGUACACUGACUUGGAUGAAGCAGAAAGAUUACUGGACGAAUAUAAGCUGAAGCACAAUAAAACUGUCACAUGGGUCCCCAAAUGCACCACUGGUGGUGAUUCUAUCUUCUACUGUGAAGCAUUAGAUAUUUACUGUGAGUCCAUUCCAUACCUUACUUUUGAUGAUUCAAACUUUCCAGCGAACAUAGAAAUUCCAUCCAAAGUGGCCUUGAGUAAUAAGCCAAUAAUUACUAUAGAAGAAGGCACCAAUAACAGUGGUGCUGAGUCCAACAAUUUGCUUGGUGCAAGACAAAACUCAUCGUUUGAUCCUUUGAAAAGAGAUUCCAACGCAUCAUCAAUGAAUUCUCAAAGUUCUGGGGCUUCAUCUUUUCAUAAAUUUUCCCAGCCAUUCUUUGCUACUGAAAACCUAUUUUAUAAACAACAUUCAGAUUUGUCGAAAUGGAGUGAGGUGAAAGAAGAAUUCCUCUAUUUGUUGGACUUGUCUUUCAAGGCUUUAAAGGACUACAAUAAACUGUUGUUCAGUACCCAUUUUUUCAAGUUGCAUAAGUUAAUAUCAUUGGUUUUUUCAGCCUCAAGAUUAGCACAAGAUGAUUUUAUAAACACGAAGUAUGAAAAGUCCAUCAGGAGAAAAUUGAAGAAAAUAGCUGGAUCUUUUGUCCAGGUUUACAUUAAUGGAAUUCUCCAUUUGAGUGUCAUGCAUUAUUCUCAAGCUACUUCCGAGGACCAAUUAUUCAGUAUGGAUAUCACAAAACUCAACAGAUCCACUGGUGGUGGAAGAUAUGGAUCUAGUGUUGCUGAAUCUACGGGUUCGUCCUUAUCAACUUUAAGACAGAAUUCAGAAGGGAGUAACCUUGUGGGCCCCAAUAACAAUCUCAAUUCUAUUUCAUCUAAUUUGCAACGGUUGACAUUGAAUGAUGAUCAAGAAUUUGUUACUUACUUCCAGCAAAUUGAAUUCGAAGUUGAAAAUCUCAAGCAUAAUAUGACAUCUUUAACAAAGAUUUUCUUGAAACUAACCGUGAAUAAGAAAGUUCGCCGGUCCGAUUACGACGGUUCUGAUGCAUCAGAGGAUGAAGGAGAAGACAGAUAUGAUAUCUUGCCCCAGGUUUACCCACGGUUCAUCACAGAUGAAUUUAAUGGGGGUAAUUGGUGCAACCCGUUCUUUGCUUCGAAGAAUCCCGCUCUCAAUGUUAGUGGAGAUGAUAAGAAGAACAGAUACCAUUCCAAAGUAAUCAUUGAUAAUCAGGCAUAUGAUUCGAUACUUCAUGAUACUGAAGAGAUGACUGCCCUUAGUAGAGAAACGUUGAAGUAUUUGGACCCUGAGGUCCAGCAUUUGUACUUUAAUGAUGCGUUGAAAGGUGAGAGAAACACACAAAUUUUGAGACUUAUUUAUAAGUUUUUGAAUCAUGCCAGUUCAAUGGUAGACUUGAUUGAGUCCUUUGAUUUCACAGUUUUCUGUUUGAUCAAAAGAUAUUCCUCAGAUGAAGAAGAUCCUGAAGUAGUGAAAGAACGCUUGGAGAAGAAAAAUCUUGAGGACUUUUCUUCCUAUUCUACUUCAUCAAGUCCUUUAACUUUUGAUUAUCCUGUUGUGUUGGACUUUUUCCAGUUGAAGCAACAGUUUCAUGACUUGAUCUUAAAAAUCAUAAUGUGCACUCAAUCUCUCACACUUGACGAUCCUGAGGUAUUCAGGAGUCUAAAGGAGGAGGAUCCAGUGUUGUACAAUCGUGAUAUUCUAAAGAUACCCACGGAGAAAGCUGCAUUAUUGCUCACCAAUAUUCUUUCGGAUCAGGUCAACGAGUCUAAAGGGAAUGCGAUUGCACUCAACCCUGAUACAUUGAUGUCAGGUCAUAUCAAAGAUGGAAUCAACUUCUUUAAGGACAUGUUGACCAUUAUUCAACAAUUAAUUGAUGAGAGAGAGACGAUUCUUAACUAUGCUACAAGAGUUAUGCAUGAUGAUUUCAAUGUUCAGCUUUUGAUGAUAGAAAGAAACAAUACUAUACUUUCCACAAAAUCCGAAGAGGGAGAUUCGUACUAUAGUGGAGGCCAAAAGAAAUCUACAGAUACACCAUGGUACUUGGAAGGUGAUGACGAGUUUGAUCUUUUAUUAGAUAUGAAGGGUAAUAUCAAGGGAGGAACAAAAGAGGCAUUAAUCUCGCACUUGACACAUCAUGAUAUGUUUGAUUCGAACUUCAAUGCCUCCUUUUUGUUAACAUUUGCCACUAUAAUGACAUUGGGCGAGUUCAUUGGACUUUUGAUAAAUCGUUUCAACAUUGAAGCCCCCGAAGGCUUGAGUUAUGAAGAAUAUAAUACCUGGAUCUCCAAGAAACAAAAUACCAUCAGGUUAAGAGUUAUGAAUAUCAUGAAGCUUCUUGUUGAGAAGCACUGGUGUGACUCUUACUACAAUGAGCUGGUAGUAAAAAAGUGGUUAUCUUUUGCGCACUCAGGAACGGUUCAAAACUAUAGUGUUGGAAAACAACUAGCUAACAACUUGGUACGUUUAAUGAAUGGUGAACAAGUGUACAUUGAACGGAAACCUGUUAUCCCAAAGAUCAAGCCUCCUGCACCAUUGACCAAGGGCUCCUUAAUGAAGAAAAUUAAGCUACUUGAUAUUGACUACAUUGAGCUCGCUAGGCAGUUGACACUCAGAGAAUUCAAAUUGUAUUCCAAAAUUACUAAGUUUGCAUGUUUGGCAAAGGUCUGGGGUAAGAAGUCAGGUUUGAAUGAACCCACCGAUCAUAUUACCGCAUUUAUCAAGGCAUCCAAUCAGUUAACAAAUUACGUUGCUUACAUGAUUCUCAGAAAAACUGAAACAAGAAAGAGAGUUCAAAUCAUUAGGUACUUCGUGCAAGUUGCAGAAAAAUGUCGUCAAUACAACAAUUUCUCUUCUAUGACGGCAAUCAUUUCGGCCUUAUACUCUUCCCCAAUCCACAGACUUAAGAAGACUUGGAAAUUUUUAAAUGCCGAUGCACUUACACAUCUUCAAAAUAUGAACAAAUUAAUGAACUCUUCUAGAAACUUUAACGAAUACCGUGAUGUUCUUAAGUUUGUUGGAUCGGAACCAUGUGUACCUUUCUUUGGAGUUACAUUGAGUGAUCUUACCUUUGUGUACCAUGGUAAUCCGGAUUAUUUGAUGAACAGAACAAGAAUGACAAAUUUUGCCAAGAGAGCUAAAACUUGUGAGAUUGUCACGGGGAUCGACAAGUUCAAAACUACUGGAUUCAAUUUCCAAGAGGUACUGGAAAUCCAAAAGUAUCUCGAUUCUUGGUUUGACAAAUGUCCAACAAUUGAAGAACAAUAUCAGCUUUCAUUAAACUUGGAGCCAAGAGAAGUUGUACAGACUACAAGCACUAAUUCAAACAGUACUUCAAGUAAAUCCGGACAUUCAUCUAGUACCAGUCACAGCCAUCAUCAAAGUAUAGCACUGCACAUCAAAAACCAAAAGGUAUCGAAUACCCUAAGCAGUUUCGCAUUCAAAGCAACCUAAGGAGCUUUGCAAUAUGUGAAUAAUUAACGCUAGUCCGAAGAUUUUUAAUUAAAGUUCAAUACAGGAAUGAAUAAAUAUAUACUAGUCAUCAUAGAACACGAUUAAAUACAGUAAAUAAAU